GUACUUGUCCUCAGACCACAUCUCUCAAGUUGUCACUCUGUAUGCUUCUCGAGGCUACCAGAGGGCUUUUUCAACGUCGAUGUCGGCCCGGAUUUCGUGUGAAACUCUCGCUUUCCAGCCCUGGCAUUCAAAUUACCCGUCGCACUCAACGGGUACUUCUUUGCCUUUCGCUGCGCCGCAACUCGCGCUAGAUUCUAUACAUACCGAGUGAGAACGUGGCAUCUGUCUCACUCCAGCAUCGUGUCUGUUGCAUCUAUCUAAGUCCUGUUUAAUCGUAAGAACUUUCUGACCGGGACGCGUCGGCGAGAAACGCAUGCACUCUGCCACACUUUCUGCCCACACUGCCUUCGAGUCCGCCGGCAGGGGACGUCGACCAAAUGAGAGCUCGUCUGCGUGUCGCUCUGCGUCGAGUCUCCAGCUUCUUUGCAUGUUGAGCCCAUUUCUCCUCCAUCGAACAAAUUCGGAUGCGCUGUGCGUCUGAGUCUCUCAGUGAAGGGAAGUUUUCUAUACCCCAGUCGUUUUGUCUCAGGGACAGCUCCCUCCAACCAAAGAGUGGGUACUCAUCGGCGUCAAACUGAUAAGAGUGUGUUCUGCAAUUUCUUGUUGGACCCUGCACCGCAAUAACUUCGUGCACAGGCGAGCGCAAGAACGCCUCUUUCACGUCCACAGCUUCUUGAUUCACAAUGGUUUUGGUGACGAGCAACGCCGACAACAACAAAAUCUACAACCUCUCAGGAGGUCGCAGCCGCGCUGCAGACUUUCUUCCUCGCAGGAAGCGGCGCCGCAGAAGAGAGGCGGGCGGAAAAGAAGCCGCUGGACCGGAUGCACAAGAUGUCGAGCUUCUGCAGGAAUUCGAGUUCAAUGUCUCCUCCCAGUGCAUCCGAGUCUCGCCAGAUGGAAAAUUCAUUGCCGCGACCGGUGUGUAUCCUCCAGAGGUCCGCAUGUACGAAGUCGAAUCCAUGGGCUUGAAGUUCCGCCGGGGUCUUGACCACGAAGUUAUCGACUUUCUUUUUCUCAGCGAGGAUUAUCGGAAACUCUUCUUUCUGCAGGCGCAACGUCACAUCGACAUUCACACUCAAGGAGGCACGUACCACCGGCUCCGCAUUCCCCGCGAGGGGCGAGGCCUCUGCUACCUACCCAAUUUGGCUAGUGCAUGCAUUGCCGCGAGCGGGAACGAGGUUUACAUGCUCGACCUCGAAGACGGCUGUUUCCUGACACCCUGGACUACGGCAAGUCCUUCGAAUAACUGCUGCUUCACCUCGACCGUCCUUCCAGUCCUCGCCAUCGGAGGAGAGACCGGCGUAGUCGAGUGCUUCGACCACCGCACCACACAGAGUGCCGCGUCGUUGGACGUGGCUUCACACGUUUCUCCCUUCGGCGACGAGCAAGUACAAGUCACGUGCGGCGCCUUCUCUCCCUCCGGUCUCCAGAUGUGCGUCGGCACAAACACUGGAAGCUGCCUGCUCUACGACCUCCGCAGCCGCCGACCCCUCUGCCACCACUCUCACUACAAUGGUGAGCCGAUCAAACAGGUCUCGUGGAAGCCUGUUGGUUCCCCGGGCAACGACCAGGGCACAGGUCCAGGCGGUGCAUCGCACCACUCGGCGCCGGUUUCCGAAGACAGUGCAGGUCCUCCCUCGUCAGUCUACGAAGCCGAGAGGUCUGCCUCGCAAGGCGACCUAGUCUUAGCCAGUUGCGACGCCGUCAGCAUUCACAUCUGGAGAGAAGGGGAAGAUCCGCGGCAGGGUGCAGCCGACUGGGGUCUGUCUGUGUCCAGCUCGGAAAUCUGCAGCUCGCAAGGCGUCAGGCGCAACUUCCGGUCGAAGAUUCUGUCGACAAUCGAAGCCCCCGUCGCUUCUGUCGAGGAGGAACGGGGGCGGAGUGCCCCUGGGGGCACAGAAAAGCAGACUGGGGGCAUCCGGGACCAACGCGUUGCGACUUUCAACGGCUUCGUGUUCUACGAAAGCUCCGGACUUUGCUUCACUGUGGGUGAACAAAAACGCAUGGGAGUCUACUUCCUUCCGGCAUUGGGUAUUGCUCCAAGGUGGUGCUCCUUCUUGGACACGAUCACAGAGGAGCUGGAGGAAAGCGGAGGCAUUUCCUCGUCCUCAGCGUUCACAGGCACCGCUUCAGGAGAGGUUGCGUCAUCCGUUUACGACGACUAUCGAUUUGUGACGCGCCAGCAGCUGGAACAGAUGGGAGUUCAAGAGCUUAUCGGGACUUCGUAUGUCAAGCGAUACAUGCAUGGGUACUUCUUGGACGCGAAACUUCAUCGGAAGCUCCAGGACGCUCUCGAGCCUUUUGGCUACGAAGAGUAUCGCCGAGAAAAAGUUCGACAGAAAGUGGAAGAGAACAAGAAGAUGCGCAUCGAGAUUCGUCACAAGUUGCCCAAGGCAAACUCUGCCUUGGCAAAAAGGCUGGAGGAGAGUGCCGUCGGACGCGCCUCAGGAGGCACGAAGAAGGAGAGGCAGCAACAAGAGGCCGCCCGCCAGUUGCUCACAGACCAGCGUUUUCAACGUCUGUUCUCCAAUCCAGAUUUCGAGAUCGAGGGGGACGAGGAGCAGUGAGCAUUUUGUUCUGUUUUUUGUCUGUUUCUCGCUCGCGCAGUGCUGUGUACUUUGCUGCUGGAUCUCGCGUUGGUCACGUCCCUGCGUACCUCUACUGACUGUUCUGCUUGUCGCCUGCUGGCUGGCUGUCUUCUGCUUGGCGACUCCACGAAACCCCUUCCGCUUUUCUGAGUCUGUUCACGUUACCGACAAACCCCCUGUAGCUGUGGUGGUUGCUUAGGGCAUAACAUCCCGUUAUAGUUUCCGGUGUACCGGAGCAUUUUUAUACCAACCAUCAGGAUGAAGCACUGACUUCUCGUGUCAUUCCUGCUCCCUGGCACGAAGUGCUAGUGUAGUGGUUUCGACAGGUCGCAGGCUGUCGGUCGUCUUCAGAAGGAAUGUUGAAGCAGCUUGGCGCUGCCCUGUGAGUCGUCAAACGCGUUGCACGUCGGUAUCUGGGCAUAGUGGACACCAGAGACUUAUUCCGACACAACACAUGUUGGGCGACUUCUAGAGAUUCAGGUACAGUCUGCACCUCGGAUACAUUUCUCUUGUUCCCGCCGAACGCGUCCCGCUGUCGCGGCAAGCGAACCUCUGCCUGGGGGCUGAAGACUUUUGGGCAAGGGAAGAGAAGCAGCAAUUCAGUUAUCACAAGGUACCAGGUGCUCCGAAUAGCUCUUUCAGCAAG